CCUGAUGGUGAACAUGCAAGGAGAGCAAUGCAAAAGGUGAUGGCUACGACUGGUGGGAUGGGUAUGGGACCAGGUGGCCCAGGAAUGAUUAAUAUCCCACCCAGUAUCCUAAAUAAUCCUAACAUCCCAAAUGAGAUUAUCCAUGCAUUACAGGCUGGAAGACUUGGAAGCACAGUAUUUGUAGCAAAUCUGGAUUAUAAAGUUGGCUGGAAGAAACUGAAGGAAGUAUUUAGUAUGGCUGGGGGGGGGGGUCGGGCAGAGAUUCUGGGAGAUAAAGAUGGGAAAAGUCGUGGAAUAGGCACUGUGACUUUCGAACAGUCCAUUGAAGCUGUCCAAGCUAUAUCUAUGUUUAAUGGCCAGCUGCUGUUUGAUAGACCAAUGCACGUCAAAAUGGAUGAGAGGGCCUUACCAAAGGGAGAUUUUUUCCCUCCUGAACGACCACAGCAACUUCCCCAUGGACUUGGUGGUAUUGGCAUGGGGUUAGGACCUGGAGGACAGCCUAUUGAUGCCAACCACCUUAACAAAGGCAUUGGAAUGGGAAACCUAGGGCCUGCAGGAAUGGGAAUGGAAGGCAUAGGAUUUGGAAUAAAUAAAAUUGGAGGCAUGGAAGGACCCUUUGGUGGUGGUAUGGAAAACAUGGGGCGAUUUGGAUCUGGGAUGAACAUGGGCAGAAUAAAUGGUGGAGCUGGAGGCAGUGUCCCAGGGAUCGAGAGGAUGGGCCCUGGCAUUGACCGCAUUGGCGGUGCUGGCAUGGAGCGCAUGGGCGCAGGCCUAGGCCAUGGCAUGGAUCGAGUGGGCUCUGAGAUUGAGCGUAUGGGCCUGGUCAUGGACCGCAUGGGCUCAGUAGAGCGCAUGGGCUCUGGCAUCGACCACAUGGGCCCAAUAGGUCUUGACCACAUGGCCUCCAGUAUUGAGCGCAUGGGCCAGACCAUGGAGCGCAUUGGCUCUGGCGUGGAGCGCAUGGGUGCCGGCAUGGGCUUCGGCCUGGAGCGCAUGGCCGCGCCCAUUGACCGAGUGGGCCAAACCAUUGAGCGCAUGGGCUCUGGUGUAGAGCGUAUGGGCCCUGCCAUUGAGCGUAUGGGCCUGAGCAUGGAUCGCAUGGUGCCCACAGGCAUGGGGGCCGGCCUGGAGCGCAUGGGCCCUGUGAUGGAUCGUAUGGCCACUGGCCUGGAGCGCAUGGGCGCCAACAACCUGGAGCGCAUGGGCCUGGAGCGCAUGGGAGCCAACAGUCUGGAGCGCAUGGGCCUGGAGCGAAUGGGCGCCAACAGUCUGGAGCGUAUGGGCCCGGCCAUGGGCCCAGCAUUGGGCGCUGGCAUUGAGCGAAUGGGCCUGGCCAUGGGUAGCGCUGGAGGUGCUAGCUUUGACAGAGCCAUUGAGAUGGAGCGGGGCAACUUUGGAGGAAGCUUCGCAGGUUCCUUUGGCGGAGCUGGAGGCCAUGCACCUGGAGUAGCCAGGAAGGCCUGCCAGAUAUUUGUGAGAAAUCUCCCAUUUGAUUUUACAUGGAAGAUGCUAAAGGACAAAUUCAACGAAUGUGGCCACGUGCUGUACGCCGACAUCAAGAUGGAGAACGGAAAGUCCAAGGGGUGCGGUGUGGUUAAAUUUGAGUCUCCAGAGGUGGCUGAGAGAGCCUGCCGGAUGAUGAAUGGCAUGAAGCUGAGUGGCCGAGAGAUUGAUGUUCGAAUCGAUAGAAAUGCUUAAGCAGUUGCCUUUUUUAAACAUCAAUACCAGACCUCUGAAUUUGUAUUUUUUCUUGUUAACCAUUUUAAUUUGUUGGCUGGAUGUAUAAAGAUGUUUAAAAAAUUCAGUUGCUUUUUGGGGUAAUUUGAAUUAAUUUUUUAAUGAGUGGGGUUCCAUUUGAUUGUUUGCAUUGAGAUUGCAAUGUGCGCAAUUUUUUUUGUAGUUGUGGCAUCUUGUUGACAUCGAAUAUGACUUUGAUAAUAAAUACCAGUUGCUGAAA